AUGAAAACGAGCCCCUGUCGGCCACUGAUUCUCAAGAGACGGAGACUGCCCCUUCCUGUUCAAAAUGCCCCAGGUGAAAUGUCAGAGGAAGAACCUAAGCGGUCCUCUGCCCAACAGGAGCCCCCGCCAACACAGGCCUCCCGGGAAGCGGCAGAAUCUAGCUCUUGCAAGUUUCCAGCCAGGAUCAAGAUUAUGAACCACCCCACCAUGCCCAACACCCAAGUGGUGGCCAUCCCCAACCAUGCCAACAUCCAGAGCAUCAUCACGGCACUGACCGCCAAAGGAAAAGAGAGUGGCAACAGUGGGCCCAACAAGUUCAUCCUCAUCAGCAGUGGGGGGGCCCCCACUCACCCGCCAGAACCCCCGCUUCCAGACCAAGCCAGCAGUGACACCAAGAGGGCGGAAGUAGUCACCGAGACCCUGGGACCAAGGCCUACAGCCAGGGAUGUGAAUCCUCCUAGACCACCUGGCGCUCUUCCCAGGCCGAGACGGGAGAGCUGUGCUGGUGGUGAGGCAGCAAGCUGCACUCUCGACAACAGCUUGACCAACAUCCAGUGGCUUGGAAAGAUGAGUUCAGAUGGGCUGGGUGCCUGCAGCGUCAAGCAAGAAAUGGAGGAAAAAGAAAACUGUUGCCUGGAUCAGAAUCAAGUUAAGGUUGAGGAGCCCCCAGGAGCAUCGGUGUCCUGGCAGAACUCUGUGUCCGAGAGGCCACCCUACUCGUACAUGGCCAUGAUACAGUUCGCCAUCAACAGCACCGAGAGGAAGCGCAUGACCCUCAAGGACAUCUACACUUGGAUUGAGGACCACUUCCCCUACUUUAAGCACAUCGCCAAACCAGGCUGGAAGAACUCCAUUCGUCACAACCUUUCCCUCCACAAGAUGUUUGUCCGCGAGACAUCUGCCAAUGGCAAGGUGUCCUUUUGGACCAUUCACCCCAGUGCCAACCGCUACUUGACGCUGGACCAGGUGUUUAAGCCACUGGACCCAGGGUCUCCACAGUCGCCCGAGGACUCAGAAUCACAGCAGCAGAAACGGUCCCACCCUGAGCUCCACCGGAACGUGACCAUCAAAACGGAACUCCCACUGGGUGCACGCCGGAAGAUGAAGCCACUGCUCCCACGGGUGAGCUCCUACCUGGUGCCCAUCCAGUUCCCAGUGAACCCGUCCCUGGUGUUGCAGCCCUCGGUGAAAGUGCCCCUGCCCCUGGCGGCCUCGCUCAUGAGCUCGGAGCUCGCGCGCCACAGCAAGCGAGUCCCCAUCACCCCCAAGGUCCUGCUCUCCGAGGAAGGGCUAGCCCCUGUCCCGUCUGCGGGACCAGUGAAAGAGGAAAAGCUCCUGCCUGGAGAGGAGCUGUCCCCUCUGCUUCCAGUGCAGUCCAACAAGGAGGAGGAAGGCCAGCCUGGGGAGAGAACGCCCUACGCAGCCAGAUGCAUCAAAGUGGAGAGCCCACCUUUGGAAGAGUGGCCCUCCACACCCUUCAAAGGGGAGUCGGAGGACUGGUCCCACUCUCCCACACCCAGGUCCAAGAGGCCCUACAGCGGGCUCAAGUCCCCAAGCCAGCGCGUCUCUGAGAUGCUCAUCAUUAAACGGAGGAAGCGGAGGGAGCAGAGCCGGUCCCGCAGGAAACAGCACCUUCUGCCUCCCUGUCCUGACGAGCCGGAGCUGCUCUUCUCAGAAGGUCCCAGUGCUGCCCAGCCAGCCGCCCCCGAGCCGCCCUUCCUAGCAGACACCUCGGAGCAGGCCCCCCAGCCGGGCUACUCCCAGGAGGAAGGAGGACCCUUUAAGACGCCCAUCAAGGAGGGGAUGCCCAUCUCCUCCACCCCAAGCAAAGCCAUCCUCCCCAUCACCCCGGGGUCCUGGAGGCUCGCACUGCCCAUCAGAGAGGGCGGGCUGGAAUUCAGCCCCGUGCAAGCCCCCCAGGGUGCCUUUGACCCCCUGCCUGACUCCCUGGGGCUGAUGGAUCUGAGCACCACUCCACUGAAAAGCCUUCCCCUCUUUGACUCACCCCAAGGGUUCCUGGCUUCGGAGCCCUUUGACCUCACCUCUGACCCCUUUAGCAGCUGUGCCCCCGCAGCUAUGGAAAUGUCCAAGCCAGGCCCCCCCGACCCACAGGUCCCCAACCUUUCAGCCAAUCACUCUCUGACAGAAGGUCUGGUUCUGGACACCAUGAAUGAUAGCCUCAGUAAGAUCCUGCUGGACAUCAGCUUUCCCGGCCUGGGCGACGACGAGGACCCGCUGGGCCCGGACAUCAGCUGGACGCAGCUUAUCUCCGAACUGCGAUAGAGACCCGGCCUGGUCCUUGCCGCUUAGCCUCCCACUCUUCUGGAACACACAAGUGGCCGGGUGGUCCAGGCCCCUGUGCCCCUGCGCCCUGAGAGCAGCAGGCAGCGACGGUCUGUGCUCCUGAGCACCGCCCUCCUGGUGAUGCCAAGGCAGCCUUGGCACCUCUGCCACCCCACCUCUCCAGACAGCAAGGCCCUGGGAACUUGUCUCUGUGCCACCUGCUGCCACUCCCCCAGCCCCAGGGGAACCCCGCUCCUCCCCCUACUGGGAGUGGAAGGCUGGGUGCAGCAAAGACAAGGGUGAGGAACUAGGAAUUGCCUCGACUGCAGCCUUCCCACGGGGUGGCCCCGGUAAAGAAUGUAUCUGUCUUCUCGACGUUAUCCUCUAAUUACACAUGUUAACCUCU